AUGUCGACCGAGAUGGAGACGUCCAUUGUUCGGGACCCGGCGAAUUCCGGCGUUAGCCAGAUGUGUGUUGAAAUUCAAGGGGAAGAAAUUUCUUCCGAGGAAUUCAACGACGAUGCAGACUGGUCGCACGUAAGCCGGCGUAUAAAGACCUUGGCCGGCCAGGGGACUGCCGCUCGCCAGUCACGACCUACGACGAACUUUGCCAGGAACGUGAAAGCUUCGGUGACAAAGGCAGUAAGGAUGCCGGACGCUCUACCGAGGGAGGAGACGAAGGUGACAGUGCGGCCUCGGGGAGGCCUUAACAUUGCGAGGACUCAGACCGCCACCGUGGCAUCGGCCUUCAUGACGGCGGCGAAAGUAUCAAGGGAGGACGGAGCAUCGGACACCUUCUGCCCCAACUUGCAACAAAACAUCAUGGUGGUGAGUACCCCCGACGAUAUACGUGCUUCACGUUACGCCGAGAUAAAAUCGAUCUGCAUUGGUGGCAAGGAACACGUGGUCGGGGCAUAUCAAACCGCACCAUAUGGCACAGUUAAAGGCAUUAUUACAGGUAUCCCAAUAGAGGACUCCACGGCCGCAAUCGACCGGAACAUUGUUAACUCGAGAAAUCCCUUGGCACUUGGCGCGAAGAGGAUUGGCAGCUCGACAACAGUCAUCGCGGCUUUCAAGGGCCUGAAGGUCCCGAAUGACGUGUGCUAUGGUCCCGUUCUCACCAAGUGCAGCCUAUAUCGAAAACAAUUCGAUGUAUGUAAGCAGUGCGGGAAGGUGCGCCACCGCCGCGACGUUUGUCCAAACCCUCACGUGAGGGCUUGCUUUGCUUGCGGGGCCGUUGACCCUAAGGAAGACCAUAGUUGUACCCCCACUUGCAGAUUGUGCGGAGGGCCACAUCUGACCGGUGACAAGGUUUGCAAGAAUAGGUUCAAGGUCCCAUACGUAGUUACAAGGAGACGAUGGGAGCGCAAGAUGGCCGAACAACAAGCGCAGCAGCAACAACGAGCAUCUCUCAGAGCUGAGGAAUUUCCAUCGCUGAUGUCAGCAACCGCAGCACCUGCCGGCCCAGCUGGUCGCCGAGUGUCACGUUCCGUCUCGCAGCGCAGGGCCAGCGAGAGUAGACAGCGUAGCCUUAGCCGUACGCGAUCGCAGUCACGUGACCGCGUGAGCUGGGCCGAUGCAGCAAGGAGCGGUGCCAAGAAAGCACAGGGGGGUGCCACCACCACCACCACCUCCAAUACCGCAACGACCAAGACCAUUAGCACCAGCAAGACGGUCGAUGGCAACAACAACAGCAAGACGAGGGAAGACGAGGCGAUGAGGACGUUGAAGGAAGCCAACGAGGCACUCAGGCGCAAGAACAACGAGCCACUAUUAUCAAGAUGCAUCAGCAGCGCUGUACCAUCAACAUCCGCUGAGAAGGAACCGGCACCCAAGAGACGAGCGAUCGAGAACCUGAAGGAGCGCAACCUCAACGACCGGGUGGACAACCUGAAAGACAAGGUCGACCAAAUCGAGGAACACCUCGACGGGCUCGAAGAUUAUAUUAAGACUACGUUCACCACGAUGAUUAACGACAGCAAGAAGGCAGCCGUGCAGCAACACAUAACACAAGUAGCAAGCAGGCCUGAUAUAAUCAUGAUACAAGAGACUCGCACUGAUGCAGUGUCGCUACCCGGUUAUCGGGUAUACGCCAAGUCUCCAAAGGUCAGCGGCGGUAGAGGGAUAUGCACAUUGGUUCGCAAGGGACUCACCUCCAUUGAGCACGAGUUGCACAAUAGUAAAAUUGAAUACACUCUCAUCGAGGUCGUUACGGGCAAGAAACAAAAGAACAGCACCUUUCUGCUCAGCGUCUACAGUAGCCCUUCACACUGGAAGCAAAAAUUCAAGACGCUCCUUCACAGAGCCAGCACCGUGGCGGGGACUCACAGGCUCGUCGCCUGCGGGGACUUCAACGCGGCACACCCGGCAUGGGGAUAUAACAAGCAAUUGGCCAAGGGGCGAGACCUGUUCCAAGACACAUUAGACCUGGGCUUCACCCUCAUCACAGACUCGACUGAUCCUACAAGGAUCGGGAACUCUGUGUCCAGGGAUACGACGCCGGACCUCACGUUCGUGAAGAACGACGAGAAGGGGAAUAUCUCCUGGCGCAACACGGGGUGAGAGCUCGGCAGCGACCACUACAUUGUAGAGGUCAUCAUACCGGAAGAGGUCGAGGCCUCGGAGGACACCAGAAAACAUAAUUUUACGGAUUGGGAUGCCUUCCGUAGCCUGUUACCAACGGAGAUGGAGGAAAUCGAGAACAUAGAAGAAUGGUCAGCCCACAUCGCGGGGAAGGUCAAGGAGGCGACCAAAAUCAUAGAAACAGAUGAGCAGGUCGACAAGGUUGACAGCCGCCUCGCGCACUUAUUCGAAGCAAAGCAAUCUAUCCUAAACGGGUGGAAGAAGCAACGACUAAAUCGGCGUCUAAGGAAGAAGGUGGCGGGGCUGAAUCGCGCCAUCGAAGUUCAUUGUCGGUUACUCUGCACGCAACAAUGGAACGAAAUCUGUAAUGCUGCGGACGGGCAGAUGCAUUGCGGCAAAACCUGGAACUUCAUGCGGCAUCUGCUCGACGAUACUAAAGCAAAAUCCCACCGACGCGACCGCCUCGCAAAGAUCAUUCACAGAGCAGUCAAGGUAAACGGGGAAACUGAAGUAAUCAGACGCAUAAACAGCAAGUACCUUCCCGUUACACCCACGGAAAGGCAUCCCGAGUACGGCGGUCAAGCCAACGAGAAUCUUGACCGCGACAUCAGCGUCGAGGAGGUGCGAGCGGCCCUGCAGAACAGCAAGUCAGCGGCCAGCCCGGAUCACAUCUCGAACAGAGCGCUCAAGAACCUCAGCGAUGUGGCCAUCGAAAACCUCACCGGUUACUACAACAAGUGCUGGAGUGCGGGGUCACUGCCCCAGCAGUGGAAGACUGCCAAGACCAUACUCAUCCCCAAACCAGGCAAGCCGCGGAACACGGACAACCUCCGGCCCAUCUCGCUCACGUCCUGCGUGGGCAAGGUGUUGGUGCACGUCCUCAUGUGUAGGUGGCAGGAUUACUUGGGGGAGUCGGGACUAUACCCCACCACGAUCAUCGGGUUUCGGCGUUCCCUCGGCACCCAAGACGCGAUGAUUCUGUUGAAGAAAGAUAUCAUUGACGAUGACACCCUAACGAAAGACAACAAGGCCAUUCUGGGGCUGGACCUGCAGAGCGCCUUCGACAAGGUGAAGCACUCUGCGAUCCUAGCCCAGGCGUCCAGACUGAACAUGGGCGCAAGAACGUACAAUUACAUUAAGGAUUUUCUGACGGGGCGGACUACCGAGCUCUGCGCCGGCGAUCUACGGCUCCAAGAGAAGAGGCUCGGCAGUGUCGGGACCCCCCAAGGCUCGGUCAUCUCGCCGUUGUUAUUCAACCUCGUUAUGAUGGGGGUGGCCAUGCGACUCUCUCGUGUCGAGGGCGUCCGGCACACCAUCUACGCCGAUGACAUCACGCUGUGGGUUCCGGGAGGCAGCGAUGGUCACAUUGAGAGCACGCUGCAAGAAGCCGUCGACGCGAUCGAAGACCAGCUGAACGAUUCCGGUUUGAUCUGCUCACCGAGCAAGUCAGAACUGCUGGUGUUACCACCGAAGUACGUCAGACGUAAGAAGAGCGAAGCGAGGGAUUACGAGGCCAUCAAGAUCGUGACGAGGAACGGCCACGUGAUCCCGGAGGUCGACAAAAUCCGGGUGUUCGGAAUGAUUAUAGACAACCGACGGGGCAACGGCGAGACUAUUUCCCGCCUUACAGCCAAGAUUACCAACGCAAUACGUCUCAUCAGACGGGUUGCCGACCGCAAGGCCGGCAUGAAGGAGGAAAGCUUGAUUCGGCUUGUGCACUCCUUCGUAAUCAGCCACGUCACCUACGUUGCAGCCUUCCACAACUGGAUGCAAUGUGAAACGAAUAAAAUCAACGCCCUGAUACGCCGAGAUUACAAGGCGGCGCUCGAACUAUUCGAGUGUACGAACACCAACAAGCUCCUGAGUCUGGGGGUACACAAUACCCUCGAGGAAAUUUGGGAAGCGCAACGGACCGCCCAGCUGGAGUGGCUCUCUAUGACCGAAGCCGGCAGGCGCAUACUUCAAUACUUGGGCUUCACGCCCGGAGCGAAAGCGGCGAGUAGCGACGUUUCUGUCCCGGACGGAACCCGGCGCCGGAUUCGGGUUGACCUCAUCCGAAGAAACAUGAACCCGGAGUAUAACAAGGAGAGAAGAGCGGCGAGGGCCAAGGCCCUCAUCGACUUUCACGCCAAGGACGAGCACGCAAGGUUCGUGGAUGCGGCAGAAUACCAGGGAGACUGCGCGGCGUCCGUAGCUACCGUCAUCGAGGCGUCGUCCGGCGCGACGAGGGCAGCGGCGAGCUUAUGGGUCAGCGAGGCGUGUCAGGCGGAGGAAGUGGCCAUUGCCCUGGCCAUUGCCGACCCCGGGUGCCAGACGGUGUUGUGCGAUUCGCGAAGUGCAGUGCGGAAUUAUGUAAAGGGCAAAGUGUGUGGUGAGGCUGUGCGGGUUCUGUGCUCGGCUGACCUGCAACGCCAGAAUCGGUAUGUUAGAAUCAAGUGGUUCCCCGCACACGCGGGCAACGAUGCGUCCGAGAAGCACGAUAACCACAACGAGACGGCACACGCAGUGGCGCGAGCGCUAACCAACCGCGCCGCUGCAACCGACCGUCCAACGUGGUGUAGUGCCAAGGAUCGCAUGACGACGUUCAACGAACUUACACAGUUCCAUCGCCUGGCUCGAAGGACUUUCCCACCCCCGCACCCGGGGCAGAGCCGAGCGGAGGCGGUGCUGUUCAGACAAUUGCAAACUGGUUCUUUACCCACCCCAGUGUUAAUGACUCAUCUAUACCCUAAAUUAUAUGUGAGUGAUGUGUGCCGCGUGUGCCAGCGGGAGAGGGCCACCCUGACGCACAUCCUAUGGGAUUGCACCAAGUUCCCCAAUGAGGCUUCGACAAGUACAACGAUUCCGCCGCGACUCGCGGCGGCGGCGGAAUGCUACGACCACGAAAGCCAAACCUGGGCCGUC